CGAAACGAAAUAGGAACUAUGGCUCCCUCCCACGAAACCAUGGAUGGCACCGACGUCUACGGCCCCGGUACUUUCAUCGACAAAAUUGUUCUCCCCGUCCCUCAAGAUGCGCACCGAGUCUUCGAAUAUCUCGCAGCCCAGACACCCUUCUUCACCCAAGCCAAGUCGGCAUGGAACACGGUUAACUUCGAGGGACACCCGGAACCGAUGAUCCCCGGACCGAUCAAAGCCCCCGUUGUGGCUGCUGCAUUGCAUGCGAUGUGUGGUAUCGUCGCCAACGAAUUGCUUGAGCUGCGCGACGGAAAGCCGCUGAAUGAGAGCAAUGUGACCGUUAACACCGACCACGCCGGGAUUUGGCUCGGAGCGACAUUCGCCACAUCUAUCAACGGGUCCGAUAUCUCCACUCGUGCACGGUCCGGACAAAUGAGCUCUCUUUUCGAUCGUGACUUUGAACAAGGCUUUGGAAAGGGUAUCGCGGGACGAACGACAGCAAUCUAUCAGACUAAGGAUCCGAAGGUGUGGUACCAGCUUCACGGGUCAUUAGAUGCCAAGCAGACGCUCGAGUCUAUGGGAAUCGACAGUUCAGUCACCUUUGAUACGCCGAGAGAAUACUAUGACUAUAUCCAGAAGCAUGUGCGUGGGUGGAGUCCUGACGAGCUUGAGAUGCACAACGUACGACACGGUCUCUGUGGAAGUAUCUGCUAUACGCCGGAUGCGUGGAGGAAGACCGAGUUUGGGAGGCAGUUGGGAAAGCAUCCCCUGGUGAAUUUGACUCAGGAGUCGUACGCUUGUCCUACGCCAGCAGUCGAGUUGCCGAGGGUCGUUGACGAUCGGAGACCACUGGCUGGCAUUAAAGCUCUGGAGAUGGUCCGCAUCAUUGCAGGACCGACGAUUGGCACAACUCUUGCUUCUUUUGGCGCCGAUGUCAUCAGGGUAAACUGCAGCAGACUAGCAGAUCUUAAUGUCUUGCAGCUGGUUCUAAAUGCCGGUAAACGAACAAUCGAUUUAGACAUCGGAAAGCAGGAAGAUAUGGAUCGCCUCCAUGAGCUCCUGGCUGAUGUGGAUAUUUUUGUUCAGGGUUUCCGCUAUGGCUCGCUCGAGAGAAAGGGCCUCGGGCUUCUUAGUAUGCUGAAGCUUGCAGCGAAGAGAAACAAAGGCAUCAUUUACGUGGAUGAAAACGCGUAUGGCCCGGACGGUCCGUUUGCCGAGCGCCCUGGUUGGCAGCAGAUCGGCGAUGCUGCGUCGGGCAGUUCUUACAUUAUGGGAAGGUCGCAAGGCUGUGCAAACAAUGAGUGUGUGCUGCCACCGCUUCCAAUCUCUGAUAUGACCACCGGUCUCGUGGGUGCUCUUGCCGCCAUGCUGGCAGUUAAGGAGCGUGCAGUUAACGGCGGAUCGUAUCAUGCUACUAGCUCCCUAGUUGCUGCGGAUUUGAUUGCACUGGAGAAGGAAGUUGGUCUUUAUCCUCUAGAUGUUGUCCAGCAAACGAACGAGAAAUUCGGUUUUCUCCCGAUUAAGCCGGAUCAAUUCGUUUCCGAGAUCAUGAUCCAGGUCAUCGAUGGGUGGAAGAAAGGACUCCCGGGUUGUCUGGACGAUGACUCCCCACUAAUGAUGACUUUUGAAAAGACACCUUGGGGGCGUCAGACUCUUCUGAGGCCCGUUGUCAAACUUGGUGAUGCCAAAGCGACACCUACAUGGACCACUCCAGCUGUACCCAACUGCUACCACGACCGGAACAUAAGCUGGCAUUGA